UUGAAGGAUUACUAUUUGAUCGUAGAAGUUGAUUAUGAUGCAACCAACUUGAUGAGAUGAUCAAGCUGGAUUAUCAGAAGCUUGCUUGCAAUUUAAGUGGCAUCCUUGGUGAUACUGUGGCUACUUACGAAACUUCAAAGGAGACUAAUGAAGCUUUUAAUGAACUGGCAUCCUUGGUGAUAUGAUGGCUACUUCAAGGAGACUAAUGAAGCUUUUAUUGGUAAAGUGGCAUCUCUUCUCUUUGCUUCUAUGUUUUGUUUUAAAGUUUUUCUGUUUUCUUAAAACCCAAAAGAAAGGGACUACACAUUACAUGAUUGUGUCUGUCCGGUUUCUAACUUGGGGAAAUUGUCCGUAAGGGAAAGGCUUGUCACAUACUAUCUAUGGUCCCAAUAAUUUUAGAGAUUUCAAUCUCUACUGUCUUGCUGUGCUGGGACAGCUUGACAGAAACUUCAAUAUCUCUGCUAAAAAACCUUUUUUAAGGCUUGGACAAUGUCCUGAGAAAAGUUCAAUCUCUCUGCUCAUUUGAUGGAGGAUAAAAAGUUGUAGAAAGGGAAAUCUCUGUCCGAUCAAAAAGCUCACUAAGCUAAGACAGCAAGUCAGAUGCUAACUUCAAUAUCUCUGCUAAAAGACCUUUUUAAGGCUUGGACAAUGUCCUGAAAAGUUCAAUCUCUCUGCUCAUUUGAUGGAGGAUAAAAAGUUGUAGAAAGGGAAAUCUCUGUCCGAUCAAAAAGCUCACUGAGCUAAGACAGCAAGUCAGAUGCUAACUUCAAUAUCUCUGCUAAAAGACCUUUUUAAGGCUUGGACAAUGUCCUGAAAAGUUCAAUCUCUCUGCUCAUUUGAUGGAGGAUAAAAAGUUGUAGAAAGGGAAAUCUCUGUCCGAUCAAAAAGCUCACUGAGCUAAGACAGCAAGUCAGAUGCUAACUUCAAUAUCUCUGCUAAAAGACCUUUUUAAGGCUUGGACAAUGUCCUGAAAAGUUCAAUCUCUCUGCUCAUUUGAUGGAGGAUAAAAAGUUGUAGAAAGGGAAAUCUCUGUCCGAUCAAAAAGCUCACUAAGCUAAGACAGCAAGUCAGAUGCUAACUUCAAUAUCUCUGCUAAAAGACCUUUUUAAGGCUUGGACAAUGUCUUGAAAAGUUCAAUCUCUCUGCUCAUUUGAUGGAGGAUAAAAAGUUGUAGAAAGGGAAAUCUCUGUCCGAUCAAAAAGCUCACUAAGCUAAGACAGCAAGUCAGAUGCUAACUUCAAUAUCUCUGCUAAAAGACCUUUUUAAGGCUUUGACAAUGUCCUGAGAAAGUUCAAUCUCUCUGCUCAUUUGAUGGAGGAUAAAAAGUUGUAGAAAGGGAAAUCUCUGUCCGAUCAAAAGCUCUUUGAGCUAAGACAACAAGUCAGAUGCUAACUUCAAUAUCUCUGCUAAAAGACCUUUUUAAGGCUUGGACAAUGUCCUGAGAAAAGUUCAAUCUCUCUGCUAAUUUGCUGGAGAAUAAAAAGUUAUAGAAAGGGAAAUCUCUGUCCGAUUGAAAGCUCAAUGAGCUAAGACAACAAGUCAGAUACUAUGGUCCCAGAUUAAAAGCUCACUGAGCUAAGACAGCAACUCAGAUACUAUGGUUCCAGAUUAAAAGCUUACUGAGCUAAGACAACAAGUCAGAUACUAAGGUCCCAAAAAUACUAUUGUCUUGCUGUGCUGGGACAGCUUGACAGAAACUACAAUAUCUCUGCCAAAAGACCUUUAUUAAGGCAUGGACAAUGUCUUGAGAAAGUUCAAUAUCUCUGCUAAUUUGAUGAAGGAUAAAAAGUUCUAUUAAGGGAAAUCUCUAAACGAUUUAAAGCUCACUGAGCUAAGACAGCAAGUUAGAUUCUAUGGUCCCAGAUUAAAAGCUCACUGAGCUAAGACAGCAAGUCAGAUACUAUGGUCCCAAAAAUAUUAGUAGACUUCAAUCUCUACUUCAAUAUCUCUGCUAAGACCUUUAUUAAGGCAAGGACAAUGUUCUCAGAAAGUUCAAUAUCUCUGCUAAUUUGAUGAAGGAUAAAAAGUUCUAUAAAGGGAAAUCUCUAAACGAUUUAAAGCUCACUGAGCUAAGACAGCAAGUCAGAUACAAUGGUCCAAAAAAUGUUAGGAAACUUCAAUCUCUACUUCAAUAUAUCUGCUAAGACCUUUAUUAAGGCAUGGACAAUGUCCUGAAAAAAUUCAAUUCUCUGCUAAUUUGAUGGAGGAUAAAAGUCUAUAUAUAUAAGGCUUCUUUAGUGGCUUUCUAAUAAGGGGAAAGUUCAAGUGUUCGAUUAAAAGCUAUCUUGUUGUAGUUGGGACAGCAAGUUACAUUCUAAUACUCUGCUCUAGAGAAACCUUUAAUCUCUGCCAAGAUCAGCCUUUAAGGCUUGUAUAAUGAUGGCUCUAGUGUACGAUGGAAAAAAAGUUCUGCUGUAGCUGGGACAGCAUGUUACCACAUUCAAUAUUCUGCUAUAGAGAAAGCUUCAAUCUCUGCUAACUUCAGCCUUUAUGGCUUGUACAAUGAUGUCCGAUGAGAAAAUAUUCUGCUGUAGCUGGGACAGCAUGUGAACACAUUCAAUAUUCUGCUAUAUAAAAACUUCAAUCUCUGCUAAGUUCAGCCUUUUAAGGCUUGUACAAUGAUGUCAUAAGAAAUUCAAUUCUCUGCUGAAAGUAUAUAAUUCAAUAUUCUGCAAAUUUAACGGAGAAUAAAAGUCCUAUAAUAAGGCUUGUUUAAUGGCUCAAGAAGGAGAUUUCUGCACAACCUUUAUACAGUACUUUGGAAAUAUAGGUAUUGCAGAAGAUCCAACGUGAAGACUGGCAUCUUUCCCUUCUUUUGAUUAGGUAAUUGUCUUCCCUCUUCUAACACAAGAAAACAUAUUGAUUCUUGCAUGUGUGUCGUGUAUGUGUGUAUAAUACUGGACUUUGAAAUUGGAAGUUCGAUCCUUUUCAAGCAUGAACAGAGGAACUAUCAGUUAUUAUCUCUCCAAGUCCAUGCGACGGUAAACUUCUGACUUUGCCAUCCCUUUAUUGUCUAAAUAAAACCCCAUUCACUUCUUUGAAACCAAAGAAUAUGGUUGGAGCUUUUGUGGACUGUGGUGCACCGUGCACGUCGUCUUCAAAACUCCUCUUUCCAGUUAGGUCAGGUAGGUAUCAGGUAUGCAUUUGACUCCUUAAAUCUACUUGAUACAUUUAUGCAUGCAUUCUUUUAAAAAUUUUAGAAUUGUUGCCUUCAAUUUCUCUCUCUUUUGGCUUCCACUUUUAGUACUUGUCUGACUUGCAUGUGUUUUUAAGUUUGUGACAGGUCGCAGGAGGUUCGUUCAAGGUUAUUUGAUUUAGGAAACGAAACCUUAAUUAAGUUCCCACAUUUUUAGUGAUAACACCGAUACAAACUCCUUACACGAACACAUAUACACUAAACUGAAACAUACACACAAAUGUAACUUAUAUCAUGCUCACGGUGAAACAAACAUCUAAAAUGCUAUCACUGAUACAAACAUAAACGCAUGACACGCACACAUACGCUAAAACGCAAACAUAAAUAUUGUGCUCACAAACACGAAAGCUAGUACUAAUUAAGAAGUUUUAGAAGUUAGAAUUUUGGCUCAUCCAAGAAACAUAACAAAUUUAUAUUGUUAUGGAAACUAUUACAAAUUAUUUAGAAAUUUUAUCCCAAUGAUUGAAAUCAUUUCAAAGUAUGUCAUUAAUUAUCUAUUAGGUAGAAGUUAUAACAACCGACCAAGAGCAACCAACUAUUUCAUUACGUGAGCGUUAUUAUACAUUAUACAUUACGUGAGCGAUAUCUACACCCAAAGAUCUUACCUUUGGUAUUUAGUAUUUACGAUUUAUUAUACAUUAUUUUUGCAACUUCUUGCGGAAGUAAAACGAAAAUUGUUACUAUACUAGUAGAGCCCCAAACGGUUUUCGUCGAUUUUGAAUCACUUGAACAACACAACUUACAAUUAUAAAUAAUAUUUGAUAAAAUAUAUACAUUUGUUGACUAACUCGCAAUACAGCAUUUGAUCAUUCAUAUCAAGACGGUAUAACAUGAUCUCAUGAUAAAGAAAACUAGCUAGAUCUUGAUUCACUAAGAAGUGACAAUCCCAUACCCGACCAAAACAAGGAGAAAAAAUAGUGAAGCAAUGUUGCUUCAACUUGCAAGAAACAAAUAGGGGAAACUACAUAGGUAAUACUAGUAUUGUAUUCAAUAUACAGACAAAAACCUAUUCAACACAUAAAUAACAAAAACCAUGAGAAUUUUUAAGUGGGCCAAAGAAAUCUUAAGGAAUAGAGAUGGGAUUUUUUGUCCAAAGAAAGCAAAUCUAAUGACUUAUUUACUUUUGGGUUGGACCCACGAGAAGAUUUGAUGUCUCACUUUCUCUUCUUUGUCUAUUUAAACACAAGUCACACACUAUUCUCUAAAGUCUUCUUCUUCUUCUUCUCUUAUUGUCACAAAACACUUUUUUUUCUUUUCUAAAUGAGACAAAAGGGCCACAGACACGGACGAACAGUAUCACCCUGUGCCGGGUGUAAGCUUCUCCGGCGGAAGUGUGUGAAAGAUUGCGUCUUUGCUCCAUACUUUCCCUCUAAAGAACCUUACAAAUUUGCCAUUGUCCACAAGAUUUUUGGUGCUAGUAAUGUCAAUAAGAUGUUGCAGGAGCUAUCGGAGAACCAACGCGGCGACGCCGUGAAUUCUAUGGUGUACGAGGCCAACGCAAGGGUGCAAGAUCCUGUGUACGGAUGUGUAGGGACAAUUUCUUCAUUACAAAGGCAACUCGAGGCUCUCCAAACUCAGCUCGCUUUUGCUCAGGCCGAGUUGAUUCAAAUAAGGACGCUCUGCCGUAUUGACACCAAACCUUCGCCGUACACAACGAGCACCGUUACUUUCCCGACGAACAAAGACUUCUCCAGUGAAGUCGACAUGGCUUUUGCGUAUGAGGAUGGUUCCGGAGACUCCCUUUGGUCGUGCUAGCUUUUCAAUUAGUACUCUAUCUUUGCAUUAGUUAUAAUUAAAUAAAUUAUAAGAUGUGUAUAUGAACAAGAUAAGUAUACGAUUAAAUUAAUUUAUAGUAGUUGUCUAGAUUAGUUAUUAUCAAGUAGCAAACCUAUUAAGAUUAUGGACUUUGUUUCUCUCUGCCUUCUUUUGGAUGUAUCAUUAUAAAAACUUCAAUUAAAUUUCAAAGCAAAAAAUAUAUUAAAAUGCA